UGGGCGCGAAGACAACACUAUGAAGGAUGUACGAGAUCAGUUGGAAGCAUUAAAAGUGGUUAACGAAAACUUGGGUCUAAAAUUGGACAUGUACAAUAUGAGAUUGAAUCAAGAGAUGAAAGUUUUAUACAAUGAAUUGGAACAGCAUUUUUCGAAGCUACUGGAUUUAAAUGAAAAUUUUAUUAAAUCAGCUCAGGAAAUAAAUGAUUGCACUUCACCUAUUGAUAUAUGCAGCGAUUUUAUAUUUCCGGAUGAGGAUUGUCGACUUCAAACCCAUAAUUAUUUUUCGAGGCUAUGGCAUUUGAAUGCAAAUGUAGUUCAGGAAACAAAUGAAUGUACUCCACCUAUUAAUAUAAGCGGCGAUUUUGAUUUUGCAGAUGUGGAUUUUCGGCCCCAAACCACUAAUACGAAAUACCAAAAACAACUAUCAAAGAAUUGUGCUGAAGCACUACAAUCUAAUAAUAAUAAAUCUGGAAUUUACAAAAUUUACAUACCUGAUUCAGAUCUGAAACCGUUCUAUGUUUAUUGCCUAAACGAUCCAAAUAAUGGUACCGCUUGGACGGUAGUUCAACGUCGCCAAGAGGGUGGAAUUGAUUUUUCGUUGAUUCGUGAUUGGAAAACAUACCAAAAAGGUUUUGGUAAUUUGAAUGGUGCAUUUUUCAUUGGUUUAGAGAAAUUAAAUGCCAUAACUCAAUCUGAACUACAUGAAUUAUGGUUUGAUAUGGAUGAUUUCGAAGGAGAGAAACGUUACGCAAAGUAUGAUUCAUUUGCCAUAGGCGAUGAAUCCACUCAAUAUGAUGUAAACAUUUUGGGAAAAUAUAGUGGAAAUGCUGGUGAUUCAUUCACUUAUCAUGAAGGUAUGAAAUUUACAACAGUUGACGUUGACAAUGAUCACUGGGACGGCAAUUGUGCUAAUAAAUACAUAGGUGGUUGGUGGUAUAACUCUUGCUUUCUCAGUAACUUGAAUGGUAAGUAUUUGAGAGGCAAAUUUAACGCAUCGCUAUACGCAACCGGCGUAAUUUGGGAGUCCUGGCAUGGACACUACUAUUCAUUAAAGAACGUCCUUAUGGCUAUUCGACCAAUUACUUAA